AGCCGGCAGGUGUCUGCAGCGCCUGGCCCCAGCUUGUCUCACUGUGAGAGGCUGUGUGCCGAGGGCCAAGGCAGGACUGGGGGCUGGGACGGGGAGUCUGGACAGCUUGCGUCUGCCCCUGGCCCCAAGAGUCUGCAGAGGUAGCAGCUGGCACAGGCUGCCCAGAGCAGGGGUGCUGCCUGGACAGCUAUUCCCUAAUUCCAUCCCCAAGACGCCGCCCAGGCCGGGCUCAGAGGCCAGAGCAGGUCGGACCUGGACAGGGAAGCUCCCAGGGGCACUGGAGGUCCUGAAGCAGGAAGAACCGGAUCUCAUUUGAUCUGGCCCAGGACAGAAAGAAGGGGUUCUCACUGAGCGCCCUAAAUACAAGUCUGGCCAGAGGAGGGGUCAGUAUCCAGAUGGCCACAGGCCUGGCCGAGUGAAAGGGGGACCUUCUGGAUGAAAUGCAGCCAGGGCCUCCUGAGGCGUGUCAUGUGACCACAGCCAGGGGCCACACAGGGGUACUGGGCAGGAAGGCCACCGUGGAUUCUCUGUGGCUGUGCCCCAGGCAGGCUGCCUGCCUAGUUAAUAGACCCCAACCUGGAGGCCACUCCGCCCGUGUCCACAUGACGGCUGAGGCAUCGACUGGACUGGGCUAGGGACCCGGAGGCCUGGGGAGCCAGGGUGUUGGCCAGGUCGGGCGGGGCCCUGUUUGGCCUCAGGCCCAGGAGGUAGGGCCUGCCCUUGGGGCAGUUCCUGGAGAGCCGAGGAGAAGGCCACCUUGCCUGGCCCAGCCUGGGGGCAGACAGGGCAGAUGCUUGGGACCAGGGCCAGAACCUGGAGCCUUGGGAAGCAGCAGAGAACAGCUCCUGAAGCAGUCCCUGGGCCCUGGAGGCAGCCUCCUGCUCCCUCCUCAGCCCUUUCUUAAAAAAGAAAGGCUGGUGGAGCCGCUGCUGUCUGUGGCCGGAUUCCCUGCCCAGGCUCCUCCACAGGGGCUGCCCUCCUGAAGACGGCUGCCAGACCUGCUCCGCCUCACCCCGGGCACCAUGUCUGGGACCCCAAGGCUCUAAUCACACACCCUGCCCUGGCUGCUCUGGCUGCUGAGCCCGCCCUCCGGCCACACCUCCUGGUUAGUGCCCAUGCACUGACCCUGGGAAACAGACAGGAGGAAGCAGAGGACAGAGGAGGCCAGACCAUGGCUGCUCCCAGGCCCUAUCCGGGCUCCUGAGGCUUGGGGGGAAAGGGGCUUCUAGGGCUCCCAGGGGCCUCUGCCCAUUGUCCUGCCCGCCCUUCCCCUUUGGCGAGGCGCCAGGAAGCUGCGCCUUUGUUACCUGGGCGAUCAGCUACAGAACCUGGACUAAGGCAGACAGGUCCUGCUGCUCCCCAGGCCGUGCACCCUGACCCCAGGAGGGAGAGAGGGAGGCCCUGCCCUCGAACAGCCAAGCUGCCAGGGCUCCCAAGAGGUGGCUGCUGGCGUCUCCCACACGGCCCUUUCUGCCAGGGGCCUGUGCCUCUUGGGCUGCCUGAGCCUGGUCACGGAGUGGGAUCUCCUGACCCAGCCUUGCCAGGGGCAGAGGGCACCGGGCCUUGAGGAGGGGAUGCCCGCGAGGGCCCCAGUCCACCCGGCUGCCCCGCCCCUCAGGCCCAGCCUGGCCCCCUUGUUUCCCUGUCUGGUGCCCCGAGCAACCCCCCUGGCGGGAAGCCCCCGCCAUGGCCGAGCACCUGGAGCUGCUGGCAGAGAUGCCCGCGGUGAGCAGGAUGAGCACGCAGGAGCGGCUGAAGCACGCCCAGAAGCGCCGUGCCCAGCAGGUGAAGAUGUGGGCCCAGGCUGAGAAGGAGGCCCAGGGCAGAAAGGGCCACAGGGAGCGGCUGUGGAAGGAGGCGGCUGGCGGCAGGCUGCAGAAGCGGGUCCUCUUCCCGCCCAGUGUCACCCUUCUCGAGGCCGCUGCCCGAAAUGACCUGGAAGAAGUCCGCCAGUUCCUUCAGAGCGGGGUCAGCCCGGACCUGGCCAACGAGGAUGGUCUGACGGCCCUGCACCAGAGCUGCAUCGACGACUUCCGGGAAAUGGUGCAACAGCUGCUCGAGGCCGGGGCCACGGUCAACGCUCGCGACAGUGAGAGCUGGACCCCCCUGCACGCUGCGGCCACCUGCGGCCACCUGCACCUGGUGGAGCUGCUCAUUGCCCGUGGCGCUGACCUCCUGGCAGUCAACACCGAUGGAAACAUGCCCUAUGACCUAUGUGAGGAUGAGCAGACGCUGGACUGCCUGGAGACGGCCAUGGCCAACCGGGGCAUCACCCAGGACGGCAUUGAGGGGGCCCGGGCCUUGCCGGAGCUGCACAUGCUGGAGCACAUCCGAGGCCUGCUGCAGACGGGGGCUGACCUGGACGCCCCUGGGGACCACGGGGCCACGCUGCUACACAUCGCCGCUGCCAACGGGUUCAGCGAGGCGGCGGCCCUGCUGCUGGAGCACCGGGUCAGCCUGGGCGCCAAGGACCUUGACGGCUGGGAGCCGCUGCAUGCUGCUGCGUACUGGGGCCAGGUGCACCUGGUGGAGCUGCUGGUGGCACACGGUGCCGACCUCAAUGGAAAGUCCCUGAUGGAAGAGACGCCUCUUGACCUGUGCGGGGACGAGGAGGUGCGGGCCAAGCUGCUGGAGCUGAAGCACAAGCAGGACGCACUCUUGCGGGGCCAAGGUCGCCAGCGCUCUCUGCUGCGCCGCCGUACCUCCAGUGCUGGCAGCUGGGGGAAGGUGGUGAGGCGGGUGAGUCUGACCCAGCGCACCAGCCUGUACCGCAAGGAGCAUGCCCAGGAGGCCAUUGUGUGGCAACAGCCACCUCCCACCAGCCCAGAGCCCCAAGAGGAGGAUGAGGAUGGCCAGACAGACACUGAGCUCAGGCCACCGCCCCCUGAGGAGGAGGACUCCGAAGUGUCUAGGCCACACAACGGCCGAGUUGGGGGCACCCCUGGACGGCACCUGUACUCCAAGCGGCUUGACCGGAGUGUCUCCUACCAGCUGAGCCCCCCGGAGAGCGUGGCCCCCGACAGCCUGGGCCACAGCCUCGGCCGCACCAAGGCCCACCACACCUUGGCGGAGCUCAAGCGCCAGCGAGCAGCUGCUAAGCUGCAGCGCGGGCCCGAGGCCCCCGGGUCUGGUCUGUCUGCGGACACAGAGGCCCCCCAGCCUGAGUGUGGCUCCAGGGCUGGUGGGGACCCGCCCCUGCUCAAGCUUACAGCCCCCUCGGAGGAGGCCCCCGUGGAGAAGAGGCCCUGCUGCCGGCUCAUGUGAGGGGCUGGCGCUCGGGCUGCCCAGGCUCUGCUGCCAGGCCUUUUGCUGGCGAUCCCGACGUGUGCCCUGUGGGCAGGCAGCCAGCCAUCUGGGACCCCGCCUCCGCAGGCAGGAAUGGGCCUUGGCAGAAGCCAUACCUGGGGGGGCACCUAGCUACAGAGACCUCGUGUCAGCCUGUGACUCUUGAUAAAGAGCCCUCUGCCACCUGC